UAUAGGGACGGAGCCAGAUCCUUUCCAAGAGAGUCACAGCUCCCUCAGUCCCUGCUCUCUGCCUCCUUUCAGCUGGGCCCUUGCUACCUGUGCCUCUGGUUGCCCUAGCAACCAUGAGCCGCCAGUUCAGUUCUCAGUCUGCAUUUAGCUCAAGGAGCAGGAGGGCCUAUAGCUCGAGGUCUUCAUCAGGCUUUGGAGGUGGGAGACAGGCUCUGGUGUCUGUGAGUCAGUCGAGGAGGUCUGGAGGAGAUUAUGGUGGUGGGUUCAGUUCCAGGAGUCUCUACAGUCUGGGUGGUAGUAAAAGCAUCUUUGGGAGCCUAGUGGGACGAAGUGCCAGUGGUUUCUGCCAGGGUAGAGGGGCAGGAGGAGGAUUUGGAGGAGGAAGAAGCUUUGGUGGAGGUGGCUUUGGGGGUGGCUAUGGUGGAGGUGGCAGAUUUGGAGGUAGUUUUGGGGGUGCUGGAUUCGGCACUAGCAAUUUUGGUCUUGGGGGCUUCGGUCCUUCUUUUCCUCCCGGGGGGAUCCAUGAGGUGACUAUUAACCAGAGUCUCCUGGAGCCCCUUCACCUGGAGGUGGAUCCUGAAAUUCAGAGGGUCAAGACUCAGGAGCGGGAACAGAUCAAGACUCUCAACAACAAGUUUGCCUCCUUCAUUGACAAGGUGCGCUUCCUGGAGCAGCAGAACCAGGUGCUACAGACAAAAUGGGAGCUGCUGCAGCAGGUGAACACCUCCAUUCGGACCAGCAGCCUGGAGCCAAUCUUUGACGACUUCAUCGGUCAGCUGCAGAGACAGGUGGAUGUUCUGACCACUGAGCAGUUGCGCCAGAACACGGAGAUCAGGAGCAUGCAGGAUGUUGUGGAGGACUACAAGAACAAGUAUGAGGAUGAAAUCAACAAGCGGACCAAUGCAGAGAAUGACUUUGUUGUUUUGAAGAAGGAUGUGGAUGCUGCUUUCAUGGGCAAAUCAGACUUGCAGUCCAAAGUGGACACACUGUAUGCGGAGGUCAACUUCCUGAAAUAUCUAUUUGAUACGGAGCUGUCCCAGAUACAAACCAACAUCAGUGAUACCAAUGUCAUCUUGUCAAUGGACAAUAACCGCUCCCUGGACCUGGACAGCAUCAUCGAUGCCGUACGCACCCAAUACGAAUUAAUUGCACAGAAGAGCAAAGACGAGGCUGAGGCCCUGUACCAGACUAAGUACCAGGAGCUGCAGAUCACAGCUGGGAAACAUGGAGACGACCUGAAGAAUAGCAAGAUGGAGAUCUCAGAGCUGAACCGUAACAUCCAGAGGCUGCGGGCAGAGAUCGCCAACGUCAAGAAGCAGGUCGAACAGAUGCAUGGAUCCAUUUCUGAUGCAGAGGAGAGAGGAGAAAGGGCUCUCCAGGAUGCUAAACAGAAGCUGCAAGAAAUGGAAGAGGCCCUACAGCAGGCUAAGGAGGACCUGGCCAAGCUGCUGAGAGAUUACCAGGGGUUGCUGGGUGCCAAGCUGUCCUUGGACGUGGAGAUCGCAACCUACCGCGAGCUUUUGGAGGGCGAGGAGAGCAGGAUGUCGGGGGCGAUGCAGAGUCAAGUGAGCAUCUCGGUGCAUAGUAGCCAGGUGACCAUUGGUGGCGGCGGCGGCGGCGGCGGUGGCUCAGGAGGUUACGGCGGCGGCAGCUCCCGCGGGGGCGGCGGCGGCGGCGGCUCAGGAGGUUACGGCGGCGGCAGCUCCCGCGGGGGCGGCGGCGGCGGCGGAGGCGGGAGCUACGGCUCCAAUAGCAGAAGCAGCAGCAAAUACGGCGGCGGCGGGGGCGGCUCCUCCCGCACGCAGAUACUGCAGACAUCCACCCAUAGCUCGCGCAGCUCUAUCAGAAAUACUUGAGCUGUGCUGAGGGGGCAGGAAGAGGAAAGUACCAGCUGAUGAACAUUCCCUCAUGAGAGAGGGAACGUGCCUUCGCCUCCCGAGUGUCCCAGAGACCCCUUGACUUGCUUGCCUAGUCCCUACAACCGCUGAGUCUAUAUUUCUGUCCGGGAGAGCAUCUAUGCAGGGGCUGCUGGGUAAUGCUUGUGACCUCAUUUCCUGGUUGGAAGCUGAACUCUGAAGAGCUUGGCAGUUCUGGUUUUUUUUCUACAAUAAAUUUCUCUGUGAUCUCUAUA